UACAUGUUCACUGAAAAAAUAAACGGUGGAUCCCUGUGAGGCUGUGUCUGUCUAGACUCUACGGUCUCUACCGUACAAAAGAAUGAAAACCGGACAAUGAAUUCUUGUCAAUGUUCAGUUUCAGCUCGUUCACAAGACCAUCGCAUUCCUCUCUCUCUACAAUUUUCACUCGUCUGCAUUUUAUGAUUCUUUAAGACCAUACAUAUACAUAUACAUGUAUAUAUAUGUAUAGCUUCGAAAAAAGAUGUCAGUUUCGCAAACCCUAGGCGGCACGUCCCGCUGUGGCCGGUUGUUGGGGCCAUCGCUCGACAAGAUCGUCAAGAACGUCACCUGGAGAAAGCACUCACACCUCGUCGCCGCCUGCAAAACCGCGCUCGACAAGCUCGAAACGUUCUCCGACUCCUCCGAUCCAACCUCGUCUUCUCCUCUGUACGGUCUAUCUUCCUCCGACGCCGAUUUCGUCCUCCAACCCUUAAUUCUCGCCCUCGAUUCCGGCGCUCCCACGGUCAUCGAGAUCGCUCUUGAUUGCGCCUUCAGAUUAUUCUCACAUGGUCUGAUCCGCUGUGAAAUCGAUCGUCCCAUUGGAAAGGACCGCCCUCCCUCUGUAUUCCGCCUCGUCGACAACAUCUGUAAGUGCAGUGGUCUCGGGGAAGAGGCGAUCGAGCUUGGCGUGCUCAGGGUCUUGCUUUCCACCGUGAGAUCUCCGUUUAUGUUGAUUAGGGGUGAACUCUUGGUUCACAUUGUUAGGACCUGUUACAAUUUGUAUCUUGGUGGGUCGAAUGGGACGAACCAGAUCUGCGCAAAGUCGGUUCUCGCGCAGAUGAUGAUUAUUGUUUUCAAGAGGGUUGAGGAGGACUCAAUGCUGGUUAAUUUUAAGACGGUUUCGGUUGCAGAAUUGUUAGAGUUCACUGAUAGGAACUUGAAUGAAGGGAGUUCAAUACAAUUGGUUCAGAACUUCAUUAAUGAGGUUGUGGAAGUAAAUGAAGGGGUUUCAGAUUUAAAACCGUCGCAAGAAUUACAAAAUGGGAAUCUUUCAGAGGUGAAGUCAGAAGGGAAAGGUGUAUUGAGUGAUGGUGAAUCAAAUGAUGGGGCUGAUUCGAGUGGGGGCAGUAAGAUUAGGGAGGAUGGAUUUAUGCUUUUCAAAUAUUUGUGUAAAUUAUCAAUGAAGUUCUCUUCACAGGGGCAUUCCGAUGAUGAUAUUCUUCUCAGGGGGAAGAUAUUGUCUCUGGAGCUGCUUAAGGUAAUCAUGGACAAUGCGGGUACAAUUUGGUGUAUAAAUGAGAGGUUUAUUAAUUCCAUCAAGCAGCAUCUUUGCUUAUCAUUGUUAAAGAACAGUGCACUUUCAGUUAUGAGUAUAUUCCAACUUCUUUGUUCAAUAUUCAUAAGCUUAUUGUCAAAAUUUAGAUCAGUGUUGAAAUCAGAAAUCGGAAUUUUCUUUCCGAUGCUCAUCCUUCGUGUGCUUGAGAAUGUGCUUCAGCCAAGUUUCUUACAAAAGAUGAUUGUCCUCAAUUUAGUGGAGAAGAUCUCUCAAGAUUCACAGAUUAUCGUUGAUAUAUUUGUCAACUACGACUGCGAUGUGGAUGCUCCUAACAUUUUUGAAAGGACUGUCAAUGGCCUUCUGAAAACUGCUUUAGGUCCACCUCCUGGGUCCACUACCACUUUGUCUCCAGCCCAGGAUAUUACAUUUCGGCUUGAAUCAGUUAAAUGCUUGGUUAGAAUUGUUAAGUCAAUGGGAUAUUGGAUGGACCAACAGCUGAAAAUAGGAGAUUUUUAUCCGCCAAAGAGCUCUGAUUACGAAAAUUCGAUUGAGAAUCAGACAUUGCUGAAUGGAGAAGAAGGAAUUGCCCUUGACUAUGAGCUGCAUCCAGAAGGAAAUUCUGAACUCUCAGAUGCUGCAACCCUUGAACAAUGUCGAGCUUAUAAAUUGGAGUUGCAGAAAGGUGUUUCACUGUUCAACAGAAAACCCUCAAAAGGCAUUCAAUUUUUUAUAAGCACGAAUAAAAUUGAUGGAUCUCCUGAAGCAGUGGCUUCAUUUCUUAAGAACACUGCUGGGCUAAAUGAAGCUAUGAUCGGUGACUAUUUGGGUGAAAGGGAGGAUUUUUCCUUGAAAGUUAUGCAUGCUUAUGUGGAUUCCUUUAACUUUGAAGGAAUGGACUUUGGUGCAGCAAUUAGAUUUUUCCUAAGGGGCUUCAGGUUACCUGGAGAACCACAGAAAAUUGAUCGCAUCAUGGAAAAAUUUGCCGAGCGCUAUUGUAAAUGCAACCCAAAUUCAUUUACUAGUGCAGAUACUGCUUAUGUUCUUGCUUACUCUGUGAUAUUGCUCAACACUGAUGCCCAUAAUAGCAUGGUAAAAGAUAAGAUGAGCAAGGCUGAUUUCAUCCGGAAUAAUCGAGGGAUCAAUGAUGGAAAUGAUUUACCUGAAGAGUAUUUGGGCGCCCUCUAUGAUCAAAUUGUGAAAAAAGAGAUCAAGAUGAAUGCUGAUUCUUCUGCACCACUGAGCAAGCAGGCGAAGAGUCUCAAUAAACUAUUCGGCUUGGAUGGUAUACUUAAUCUUGUUUGGAAGCAGACAGAAGAAAAACCAUUGGGUGCAAAUGGGCUUCUUAUAAGACACAUUCAAGAGCAUUUUAAGGCAAAAUCAGGAAAAUCAGAGUCUGUUUAUUAUGCUGUCGCAGAUGCAGCUAUAUUGAGGUUCAUGGUGGAGGUCUGUUGGGGCCCAAUGCUUGCUGCAUUCAGUGUAACUCUGGACCAAAGUGAUGACAGGGAAGCCACUUCUCAAUGCUUACAGGGAUUCCGACAUGCUGUGCAUGUUACUGCAGUGAUGGGUAUGCAAACCCAGAGGGAUGCCUUUGUUACCACUGUAGCCAAAUUUACUUACCUCCAUUGUGCUGCAGAUAUGAAGCAAAAAAAUGUUGAUGCUGUCAAGGCAAUAAUAUCAAUUGCUAUUGAAGAUGGAAAUCAUCUUCAGGAUGCUUGGGAGCAUAUUUUGACUUGUCUCUCUCGAUUUGAGCAUCUCCAACUGUUGGGAGAAGGUGCACCGUCUGAUGCAUCGUUUUUCACUAUAUCUAACAUUGAGGCUGAAGAAAAGAAACCGAAGUCCUCUGGUUUUCCAUCUUUAAAGAAGAAGGAAACGCUCCAGAAUCCAGCUGUGGUGGCUGUUGUCCGAGGAGGUUCGUAUGACAGCACCACUGUUGGAGCGAAUACCUCUGGACUGGUAACCCCAGAACAGAUUAAUAACUUCAUUUCAAACUUAAAUCUGCUCGACCAGAUUGGAAAUUUCGAGUUAAACCACAUCUUUGCUCACAGCCAAAUGUUAAAUAGUGAGGCGAUAGUAGCUUUUGUGAAGGCCCUUUGCAAAGUUUCCAUGUCAGAGUUGCAGUCUCCAACAGAUCCUCGUGUAUUCAGCCUCACAAAAAUAGUCGAAGUUGCGCAUUACAAUAUGAACCGCAUCAGGUUGGUGUGGUCUCACAUAUGGAGUGUUCUUUCAGAUUUCUUUGUCUCAGUUGGCUCGUCAGAAAAUCUCUCUGUUGCAAUAUUUGUCAUGGAUUCAUUAAGGCAGCUUGCUAUGAAAUUUUUAGACCGGGAAGAGCUGGCAAAUUACAAUUUCCAAAAUGAAUUCUUGAGACCAUUUGCAAUUGUCAUUCAAAAAAGCAUCUCUGCAGAAAUAAGGGAGUUAAUAGUUCGGUGUAUUUCACAGAUGGUCCUCAGCCGUGUCAACAAUGUCAAAUCUGGCUGGAAGAGUGUGUUUAUGGUGUUUACAGCUGCAGCAGCUGACGAAAGGAAGAAUAUCGUCGUGUUGGCUUUUGAGACCAUGGAAAAAAUAGUACAAGAAUAUUUUCAUUGCAUAACUGAGACAGAAACGGUUGCCAUUACUGAUUGCAUUAUAUGUCUCCUCGCUUUCACAAGAAACAGUGAUGUUAGCCUCAAUUCCAUUGCUUUUCUACGGUUCUGUGCUGUCAAGCUUGCAGAUGGUGGUCUUGUUUGCAAUGAGAAAAGGAAGGUUGAUGACCCACCCAUCCCAGUAGCAUAUGACGCCGCUUCAGAUGGACAAACUUUUGCUGAUAAAGAUGAUUGUGUAUCUUUUUGGGUUCCUUUGCUUACAGGGUUGUCAGAAUUAACAUCAGACCCUAGAUCAGCUAUUCAAAAGAGUGCUUUGGAAGCUCUCUUCGACAUUUUGAAGGAUCAUGGUCAUCUUUUUUCACAAGCAUUUUGGAUCAGUGUUUUCAGUUCUGUAGUAUUCCCCAUAUUCAAUCGUGUGCAUGACAAGAAAGAAACACAAAUGAACGAUGACCCGUCUUCACCAGCUUCUCCUUUACAUCCUGGGGGAAGUACAUGGGAUUCUGAAACUUCUGCAAUGGCAACUGAAUCUCUAGUAGACCUAUUUGUGUGUUUCUUCAAUGUGUUGAGGUCUCAUCUACCUGGUGUAGUUUCAAUACUUGCGGGUUAUAUAAAAAGUCCUCGUCGAGGUCUUGCAAGCAGUGGGGUAGCUGCAUUGAUUCGUUUGACAGGCGACUUAGGAGGCAGAUUUUCAGAAGAUGAAUGGGGAAUUGUCUUUCUUGGCUUGAAAGAGGCAGCUGCUUCUGUUCUGCCAGGAUUUCUAAAGCUUUUGAAAUACAUGGACAGUGUUGAGGUGCCUGAUAUUGGUCCUUCCUAUAAUGAGUUGCAAACAAGUUCUGACCCUGGAUUGACCAUUAGUGAUUCUGAGGAUGGCAAUCUGCAAACUGCGGCAUAUGUCAUUUCAAGAAUGAAGUCUCAUAUAGCUGUACAGUUGCUCAUUAUACAGAUCAUUGCUGAUCUGUACAAGGUGCACCAGCAAUCCUUGUCAGCAGGCAAUGUUGCGAUCCUUCUGGAAAUAUACUCAUCUGUUGCAUCUCAUGCCCACCAACUGAACUCUGAAACGACCCUACAGCAGAAACUACAGCAAGCGUGCACUAUUAUGGAGAUCCCUGAGCCACCCGUGGUUCACUUUGAAAAUGAGUCUUACCAAAAUUACCUCAACUUCCUGCAUGAUUUACUACUGAAGAAUCCAUCUUUGUCCGAGAAGUUGAACAUAGAACAGGAACUUGUGUCUGUAUGUGAAAAAGUUAUGCAGAUAUACCUAGACUGUGCUGGGUUGCACUCUGCCCGGGAGAAAUCAGUUAAUCGCUGGGUUCUCCCAUUGGGUUCUGCGAAGAAGGAAGAACUGGCGGCCAGGACUUCUUUAGUGGUUCUAGGAGUGAGUAUUUUGAGUGGUUUGGAAAUCGAUUCCUUUAGGAAGUAUAUUUCUCAAUUAUUCCCUUUAUUUGUAGAUCUUGUUCGAAGUGAGCAUAGUUCAAGAGAAGUUCAGCGUGCUCUAAGCUACAUGUUCGAAUCAUGUAUAGGUUCGAUAAUAGUUAAAAAUCUAUAAUUUGUAACUUAAGGUGCAGGCAUGCAAGUCAUCACCAAUUUCUGUUUUGAUCCUUUUUAGCUGGCUAAGCAUUUUUACCAUCAUUACCAUCUAUUCCAAUUUUGGUUGUAUAUGAGGGAUUGUAACAUAUUUUACAAAUGUACAAGCUGUUGUACUGUUAAUAUAUAUUGAAAAAACCAUUUUCAAUGCCUUGACAUGC